AUGUCAGAAAACAUCGAACUUCAGAACAUUCCUCCGCUCAAGGAUGAAGGCCUGCCAACAACUCCAACUACAGAAGUGGUCCAGUCCGUGCAGGAGACCUUGGCUUCGGAUCUAGCGCCUGUCGACAGAGGGCGCGAUGCCUGGCUUUUUGUCUUUUCAGCCUUCCUCAUGGAAACAUUCGUCUGGGGAUUUGCGUUCAUAUAUGGCAUUUUCCAGACCUACUAUGCCUCGUCACCUGACUCACCCUUUCGAGGCGCGUCCUUAUCCACCCUCUCCGCGAUUGGCACCACUAGCCUGGCUAUCCCGUACAUGUCUGGAAUGUUCAUGCCCGCGUUCAUGGGACGUCAUCCUAGAUGGAUUCGUCCUAUGCAAUGGGGAGCUCUGCUUCUCGGGACCGGAAGUUUCUUGUUGUCGAGUUUUGCUACUGCUGUUUGGCAGUUGAUCAUCCUUCAAGGCGUACUCGUCGGGAUCUCAUGUGGGAUCUUGUACACGCCUGUGUUUCUGUGGCUCUAUGAGUGGUUCGUAGAGCGACGUGGUCUUGCCGGCGGGAUCAUACAGAGCGGCACCGGAAUUGGCGGUGCUGCAUUUCCCCCUCUAGUCGGCUUGCUUCUGGAACGAGUCGGCUUCCGAUGGACCCUGCGGCUUUGGGCGCUCGCCUUCGCCGUAUUCACCGCGAUCGCGAUUUUGUUCAUGAAGCCCCGAUUACCACUCAUUACGGUCAGGCAGGCAAGGAGUGCACCAAUCGAUCUCUCGUAUCUAAAGAGUCCUAUUUUUGCUACGGUCGGCCUGACGAUCCUCGUCCAAUCCCUUGCGUACUUCCCCGUCAACUUGUACAUACCAACGUACACAAAUUUGCUGGGAGUUUCACCGCUGGAUGGUCAACUCGUUCUCUCGGUAUUCAACGUGUUUUGUGUCAUUGGGCAAGUACUCAUUGGGUGGAUGUGCGACCGGAUGCCCUACUCGCGAGUUAUGACGUUUUCUGCCCUAGGAUCCGCCUUUGCAGCCUAUUUGGUCUGGGGUUUCGCCAAUAAUCUUGGGUUGGUCUUCGUGUUCGUCGUGAUUUUUGGCACCAUGGCUGGAGGCUUCAACUCGAUCGUAUCGCCCGUGACAAUCGACAUCGUCGGCCCUUCAUCACCGACAUCUAGUGCAAUCUUUGGCUCAUUCGCGGCAGUCAAGGGCGUGGCAGCCAUUGUUGGACCCGUGAUCGCCGCUUCACUCUUCGAUCCUAGCAAUGCAGGAAUGAUAUCCAAGUUUGGAAGCCACGGAUUUGGUAAGGUCACCCUUUUUGUUGGUGGGAUGAUGAUGGGCACAGCGGUGUUCAGUGUUCUGUCCGGUGUGGCGAGUCAUGUUCGGAGACGCCAUGCCUCUGCAAUGGAAGCGUGAUAGGAUUCUAUCUAGGAGGGGGAAGCUCGGGCGACAUGGCCAAGAUCGUUGUUAGCUGUUGACGUGCAACUAGUUCAGUUCAAACUGUUUGUGUAGUCAAU